AUGUACUCGAAAUUUAUUGCUCGUCUUCCGAGCCAGCUUGUUCAUAAGGCUGUCGCAAAACCCGGCAUGCUACGUGGCCGAUCCUCUGCCGGUGUGUUGCUGUUCAAGCGUUUAGCUUCUAUCAAGGUGAAGACACCUCAGUUCCCCGAGUCCAUCAGUGAAGGCACUUUGGCUCAAUGGAUUAAAAAACCUGGCGAGCACGUCGAAAAGGAUGAGGAAAUUGCCAGUGUCGAGACCGAUAAAAUUGACGCCCCUGUCAUUGCUCCUAGCGCAGGAUUGCUCAAAGAAUGUCUCGUCGAAGAAGGUGACACAAUUGGCAUCGACCAAGAUAUUGCCAUUAUCGACGAUAGCGCCGCUGGUUCUGCUUCCGCACAACCAGAGGCUGCUCCAAAGGCUGAAGAGCCUGCUGCUCCCGUCAAGGAAGAGGUUAAACCAGAGCCCGCUGCACCUAAACAACAAGAGGCACCCGCUGCUCCUACUCCUGCUCCUACUCCUGCACCCGCUGCCCCUAGACAGGAGCCUGCGGCUCCUGCGGCUCCUGCUGCUCCAAAAUCUCAACCGAAGGUUGAAGCCUCUCCCGCCGCUUCCGCCCCUUCUGUUGCGUUCUCUCGUAAGGAGGAACGCGUAAAAAUGAACCGUAUGCGUCUUCGUAUCGCUGAGCGUCUCAAAGAGUCACAGAACCGUGCUGCUUCUUUGACUACAUUCAAUGAAUGUGAUAUGAGUGCUGUCAUUGCUUUACGUAAAAAGUACAAGGACGAGAUUUUAAAGGAAACUGGUGUCAAGCUGGGUUUCAUGAGUUUUUUCACAAAAGCUUGCACGCAAGCUGCAAAGACUAUUCCUGCCGUUAACGGUUCUAUUGAGGGUCCCAACGGUGGUGAUACAAUCGUUUACCGGGAUUACUGUGACCUUAGUGUCGCUGUUGCUACUCCUAAGGGUUUGGUAACUCCCGUUGUGAGAAAUGCUGAAAGCUUGAGUUUGGUCGAAAUCGAACGCUCCAUUGCCGAGCUGUCCUCUAGAGCUAGAAAUGGCAAAUUGACCAUCGAGGACAUGGCCGGCGGCACUUUCACUAUUUCCAACGGCGGCGUAUUCGGUUCUUUGUAUGGUACACCUAUUAUUAACCUUCCUCAAACCGCAGUGUUGGGAUUGCAUGCCAUCAAGGAACGUGCCGUUGUUGUAAAUGGACAAGUCGUUCCUCGUCCCAUGAUGUACUUGGCUUUGACUUAUGACCAUCGUUUGGUUGAUGGCCGGGAGGCUGUCACCUUCUUAAAGCUUGUCAAGGAGUUCAUUGAGGAUCCUGCCAAGAUGCUUCUUGCAUAA